AUGGAUGAGGACUAUGAUACGAUCGAGCGCAUCGCACGCAACUACGGGAUCACGGUGGGGGAGGUGCUGUCGUGGAACCCCUGCCUGGUGGGGUAUCGGCCGGAUGAGGUGCUGCCGGCGAACUUGCCGAUUGUGCUGCUCAUGCCUGAUGAUGAGGGGGAGGAGCCCUCUAAAGAUAUCUUGCCGACACCGAUCAUGCCAUAG